CCAUACACUAGUAACAGGGUUCUGUUGACAGCAUGAGGGGAAUAGGGAUACUCGAGGGUUGGUCGCUUGAUCAAUCCCUUAAAACCUAUGAAAUACAGGAUAUACCGGUUUUGGUAUAAUAUACAUUUACUUGUUAUAUCUGAUAAAUAUUUUUCAUUAAUUGCAUGCACAAUAUUUUUGAAUACAAACAAAAUCAUAUAAGGAUUUUCUAUCAUGGCCUAUUGACACCGUCCUGAGAAAUUUACUUUUGUGAAAUCUUGAUCGAUUUUGAGCGAUCUGUUCAGAUCUUCAUUCACAGCGGUGACUCAGCCUGCGUUUCAUGUACGAUGGAGGACGAAUCAGAACAUCUGUUGGAUCGCCAAGGAAACUCUAUUCUCCCCCAAACAAUGCGCCCCGUCCACUGGACACAAGAAGCCAGAAAAUCGUCAAUUUCUGCCCCAGCGUCACAGUUAGCUCAAAAUAAACAGCGCACUAUAUAUUACAUAUCUUCGGAUAUUAACUUUUUUCUGGCCAUAUACCUGACCAAAUGACACUGGGGAUCAGAAUAGAAGAGACAGAAUGAUCUCUCUGGGCAGAAAUAGCCGGCAAUGCUUCCGGUAACAUGACUUCGAUCACCGCACAAAACGGGACGACGACGCCAUUCUACAUCCGGCCAGACAACUCGCUUCCGGUCCAAACCCGGGACACCUACCUCUUGAUCGCCACCUUCGUCUCCGUCCUCAUCAUCAUGGGAAUCGUCAUCGCCUUCAUUAACCGGAAGUGUCGUAAUUCCUUGUCAAGGGCCAGGUUUCGUCUGCUCCAUCUACGUCACCAUGACGCGCUGACGACGGGACGCAGGAGGAGACAACUCCGGUCUACAGAAGUACCGGCCCCUCACGUUCACAGUCUGCAUGACCCCAACAGUCCCGUGUACAGCAAGGAGGUCAAUGUAUCCGUGACGCCGCACCCACAACACAGACCCAGCCGUGGGGAGAGAGCGACCGGAUCCUGGGACUCCGAGCACGAGUCCGGAAGCUGUAUUAGCUAUGUGGAUCCGGAUUCUGGGAUAUCUGUUGUAUCCAGUAAAACUGGAGGGUCGAACUGUUCUAUGGCUGGCUAUCGCUCAACGCGUGACAGGACACGGAAAAAUUGGGAAACACCAGCAGGAGUGGUUCCUUCUCCCGGUAAUCAGCUGGUUAAAGUCCUGAUGCCGGAGAAAUUGAUCAAAGACCCCCGUCUCAUUACGUCAUCCGAUGUAAAUCGUCAUGUCAACAGCGCUCCAGAACUUACAAAAAACAAAACGCGCGUUCGUAGCUUUGGACCACAGCACAAAUUAACGAGAAUGAAAAUCUAUAGUGAAAACACCCAGGGACCACGAAUUAUAGGAAGUGAACGAUUGGGUGAGAUAGACCAGCAUUCAUCCUUCGAUGUGAUCUCAGUAGACAGCAGUGAAAUGUCUUUUGAUGAGAAUUGUAAUAGGAUUCAGUAUAAAAAUGUAAAUCAAACGGUACAUGGUGACCAGUAUUAUUACGAAUUUAACUCAAAUUAUGGACCAGCGACACAGCGAAAUGCAAAUCAAACAGAUUCAUGGAGAAUUAAGACCCUGAAACACAAAGUGAGUGUCCCCAAACGCAUGUCGUCCACCUGUCACCCGUCCGGCGAUGAAUCAGUGUCAUGCAACUCCCCGCACCUCUCUGCCGUCACCCUUGGAGUGGGUGGGGCUCUGUACAGACAGCCAGAGACCAGGGCGGGGGUGGGUGGUGAUCUGUACAGACAGCCAGAGACCAGGGCGGGGCUCCACGGUCUGAUCCCCUCCCUAGAGGAUUUCGUUGACUUCCUACAGGAAAGACGACGAAAGCUGUCCUUCACAAACACAGAGGGACAAGAUGAUAGGUUUUGAUACUAUUGUCACUGAUGCACGCCUACAAAGAACAAAGUGACCAACAGUGAAAAAUGGCAUUACUUUAUACGUGUUUUAAAACCUGUUACUAUGGGCGUUUCAAUUUAAAUCAGUUAAAUAUACCAAAACAUGUACUCUAAAAUUAAUAAGUUGUACAUCAGCCAGUAGUAGUCCACUUUCUCUUAACCGAAAACAGUUAAUUUUGAUUUAAAUGCAUGUCAUACACAGUGUUUGUCAUAAUAACGUAUCACCUAUACUGUUCAGGAAAAUACAAAUUAGUGUCGUUUAAAACAAUCUCGAAUUUCGUCACUUCCUGCAGAGAUCUUUACAGUUAUAAGGCAUUUAAUUUGAUAGCCAAAGAUUCGACUGAUUAAAAACACUAAUUUGGGAAGCGCAUUUGCUUAGGGCAUUCAUAGCUAAACGGUGUACCUUAACUUUUGAAACACCUCUUAAAAAGCUAUGUUUCCAUUGCAAUACAGUUAUGUGUUGAUAGUUCAAUACUAUAUGUUGAACUUUUGUUGUCAUUGCAAUUUAAGUUAUUGUUUAAAAUUUUAAAAUGUACUACAUGUAUAAUAUUGACUCGUGUACGAAAAUUUACUGAGUAAUAUUUGGUUAAGACAUGUCUGGUAACAUUUAUAUCAUUCAGUUAGCAACGAUUUCGGUGAAAGUCACCCGACAAGCAUCAUAUACCGGUAUAUAUAUAUUCACGGUGUUGAUACUGUUGUUUGUACAGAUAGUUUUGAUGGCGAAGAGAAGGGUUCCGGUAAGGUGAAGCCCGAGGGGAGGGCGGAGAAAAGUAUGUUAUCAUAUUGCCCUUUCAUCGCUGAAAGAUAUUCAGGGAAAAAAAAUCAUAAACUUAACUGGUGCCAGGAAACUUUUCUUUAUUCAAACUGCUCAAAAAUCAAGAUAUUGUUUCAAAUCCUUAUAUCCGUGAUUAUUUGCACGCAUGCAUGUUAAUACUGAAACUGCUCAUUUAUUCAUUGAUUUUCUAUGUAUGUCAUAACUAACAUGUUCCGUUGUUACCUUUAUAAGCUGUCUUAUACUGUUAUCACUGUUAUCGCAAAAUGAUUACAUGCAAAUAAAAAGACAGCUACAAGCUGUUUGUCAA